GUGUGGUCAAUGUUUACUUGUUUAGUCAGACUUCACAAGCGAAUCGUGUUGAACGUGUCAUGUUUCGCAAUAAUGAAAUAGGCAAAUAAAUUCGUGGCAAUUAUUCAGUGUAAUGGAUCAAUUCUGACCAAUAUUACCUUCGAUAGAUUUAAUUAACGAAAAUUCAUUUUUAUUAACAAGACCACAAUCAUAAAAUUGCCUUGAGCUUCGUUUUUUUUGCUUUCUGGUUUUUCCUGGCCGUUUGUGACAAGCCGCGAUGAUUUCUAUAGUGUACAUUACAUUUUUUGCUGCUCAAAUUCUACUAUGUUCAUCUGCUACAGCGAACAUAGAUCCGAACACCCUAAGAGAUGUGUUCGGUUACGGCAGCACGUACAAUCCAAUUGGGGCCGUAGCUACCGAGACCUAUCGACAGGUAGUAGCAGUAACUCCGUACAAUGAAACUCUUGUGGAUCCUGAUUACUGGGAUUUAGAUGAAUUCCAUCCAUCUGCUGCGAAUUUUGAUAAAUUCGAUUGGACCCUGACUAAGCGUGUAGCUGCAGUCUCGGGUGAUAACUUCUUGAUCUCCCCCCUGGGUCUAAAGUUGGCAUUGGCUAUACUCACAGAGGCGGCCACAGGUAAUACGAAAUUGGAACUGUCGUCGGUGCUCGGCUUUGCUCUGGACAGAAGAGAAGUCCGAAUAAAAUUCAGUACAAUUAUUGAUUCUCUUAAGAAACAAAAUCCAGAAUACGUCUUGAAUCUCGGCAGCAGAAUUUACAUAGGGGACUAUGUUUUGCCGAGACAGAGAUUCGCUGCGAUCGCCGAGGAGUUCUACAAAACGGAAAUCAGAGGCAUUGAUUUUUACAAUCCACCCGAAGCGUCUAAACAGAUCAACGCCUGGGUCUCUAACAUAACUCACGGGAAAAUACCCGAUUUAGUCGAUGAUGAUGACGUAUCUGGAGUUGUUGCGAUAAUCCUCAACGCUUUAUACUUCAAGGGCUCUUGGCGACAUCAAUUUCCUACAAAUGCCACCAAAUCUGCACCUUUCUUCGUCACACCGGACCUUCAGAAACCAGUUUUGUUUAUGAACAUCAAAGAAAAGUUCUAUUUCACGGAGUCAGCAAAUUUCGACGCAAAAAUCCUGAGAAUGCCUUACAGGGGUAACAAAUUCGCCAUGUUUAUAAUAGUACCGAAUUCGUUGACCGGCUUGUCCCGUAUUAUGAACGGUCUGAGCGAUCUUCAUCUAGAAAUGAAUAAUUUACAAGAGAGAACGGUUGAUGUUACCAUGCCGAAAUUCCAGUUCGAUUACACAUCAAAACUUGAGUCAGUACUGAAGGAAUUGGGCAUCAGACAAGCUUUUGAGGAAACCGCGUCGUUUCCUGGUUUAGCCCGAGGACAACUUCUUCAUCAAAGACUAAGAGUGUCCAAGAUCGUGCAAAAGUCUGGUAUAGAGGUCAACGAAAUUGGCAGUAUCGCUCAUUCUGCUACAGAAAUAGGAAUAGUGAACAAAUUCGGUGAGGACGACGAAAACGACUAUGAAGUGGUGGUUAACAAGCCGUUCCUGUUCUUCAUACAAGACGAGUACACGAAACAAUUGCUUUUUACGGGAAGAGUCUCCGAUCCUUCGAUAGUCGAUGGGGAUUAUAAAGUACUAUUCGUAACUUUCGCCAGCCUUCAGACGUUGGAUUGUCUUGAUACACGAGCACUGUACUCCAGAUUGAACUUCUUCGAUAUUGAUUUGCUGAAGUACUCGGCUGAGAAUAAACAUGGCAAUGUGAUGGUAUCGCCGGCAAGUAUAAAAUCUACGCUGGCCAUGUUGCUGGAAGGAGCUACGGGGGAGACGGCAGACGAAAUAAGAAGUGCUUUGAGACUUUCGUCAGUAAAAGACGAUUUGAGGGAGCAACUGAAUCUUUAUUUAAAGGCUUUACAUUCAAAUUCAACAGAAACCGUUUUAGAAAACGCCAAUGCAAUAUUCGUUUCCAAUAAAUUAAGACUCAAGAAAGAUUACGAGACAAACCUGCGGUAUGUGUAUUUCUCGGAAGCUGUCCCAGUGAACUUUGGUAAUAACGGAGUCGUAGCACAGCAAAUAAACGCCUGGGUUAACGGAAAAACCAAAGGACUCAUCCCUUCUAUUGUAGAUCAAGCGCAAAUCAACGCUUUCACAGAAAUGAUUGUGACAAAUGCCCUCUACUUCAAGGGUUCUUGGAUGCAAGCCUUCAAUCCUAAGUUUACACGCCCGGCUUGCUUCUACAACAAGGGAGUUUGCCAUAAUGUGGCCAUGAUGGAACUUCAAACAGAUAUACAAUACGCUUAUGUGGAUAACUUGAGGGCACAUGCCGUGGAGCUGCCGUAUGCGGGUAAGCGUUACUCUAUGAUCCUUUUGGUGCCAAUAGAACGCGAUGGCUGUGCCGCCCUCAUCAGAGAUCUGCCAUUCAUGAGUCUACCUCAAAUAUCCGAUCUCCUGGAAUCAACUGAAGUUCAGUUGUCCCUGCCCAAAUUCACAGUGGACUACAAUGAAGACAUAAUACAAGCUUUGAAAAGUAUGCGCAUCAACGCCCUUUUCUCACCGUCGGCAAACCUCUCCGGCAUCUUUGAAGGCACAACUCCGUAUGUUAGCAACCUAUAUCACAAAGUGCACAUGUCAGUGGAUGAGCAGGGGACUGUAGCUGCCGCGGCGUCCGCAGCCAUGGUUGUGCCGCUCAUUAAUGAUGGCGUAGAACUAAGGGUCGAUCGACCCUUCGUUUUCUUCAUAAGAGAUAAUAAGCUUGGCUUGGUGUUAUUUGAAGGGAAGAUUGACGAGCCCACAGAAUAUGUUGAGAAGCCCAUAAACUAUCGAGGUAUGAAAGUUUAA